AUGGGUGUCGAUUCUGCCAUCGACGUAGACGCAGCACUAGAGCCCAUACCGCCCAAUAAUGUGCCUGAUAGCGAGGUCAUUAUCGAGGCUGACAAUCAGAACGAGGAUGAAAGAGAAGAAUCGGUUCGAGGCAUCGAUCUCUCAGCUGCACAACCAACUUUUACGCCAAAAAAUGUGAAAUUUCUUAUCGACGACCUCGAAGAGCCGUGGACCUACUCACGACCUUUCGACUACAUACAUAGCCGAAUGAUGAACUCCUCGAUCAGGGACUGGCGAGAAUACAUAAGAAACUGCUAUGACAACCUCAAUCCCGGUGGAUAUCUGGAGUUAAAUGAGAUUGAUGUCAAGCCACUCUCUGAUGACGGCACCUUGAAACCGGAGCAUUCCAUCUCUCGAACCGUCGAGAUGCUCCAAGAGGCUUCAGAGCUAUUUGGACGCCCGUACCAAGAUCCCAGGGCAUUGAAAUCGGUUCUCAUGGAGACGGGUUUCACUGGUGUGACGAUGCAACACUUCAAGUGGCCCACCAACUCUUGGCCGAAGGAACCCCGACACAAAGAGCUUGGGGUUUGGAAUAACGAGAAUCUCACACAGGGAUGGGAGGCGAUUUGUAUGGCGCCGCUCACGAGGGCGCUUCGUUGGACCAAGAACGAGGUCUUGGUAUUAAUGGCCGAGAACCGCAGAGACUUCUGCGACCGAAACAUUCAUGCGUACUUUUCUAUAUGGUCGAUUUAUGGACGAAAGCCAAUAGACACAGACAUGGGUGGCACCGAGGAAAGUAACGAGUAA